AUGGCACAUAUUACUAUUAAUCCUACAAAAUCAGUUCUAGCCACUAAUUAUACCAAAGAUCUGAAUUUAAAAAUCACAAGACUCAAAGCAGAAAAGUUGAGAUUACAAAAAGACAAAACUUUUCUAAUUAAAGAGAAAGAUACCCAAAUUAUUACAAAAUAA